AUGAAGAAAAUUGUCCCCCAGGGUCCCUUUCACCUUGCCACUAGUGCAAAGUGUUGUAGUACGUCCUUGCCAUUAGAGCAUCAAGCUGGCGACGACACCAGCAAUGACGAGAGCAACACCCGAACGAGCAGAGACGCUCGAGGCACCACCAGUAGAAGCGGUGGACGAAGUGGAUGGAGAGGUACCAGUGGCAGUUCCAGUUUGGCUGACGGCAGAGCUCGAUCCGCUGCCAGUGGUGGGGGUGAAGGGAGCAGUGACACCAUAUCCGGGCUCAUUAGCGUUGGGAACGCUAGCAGCGAAGGCCGCAAAGGUCCUUUCGCCAGUGGCUGGGGGAUUGAUGGCACCGUACAUACCGCCCUUGCAGUGCUGAAAAAAGAAAUUGCCAAGAGUCAGCCACCGGCUAAAUCGCGCGACCGACAUGAUCGUAAACUUACAGGUUUCCUGGCACAGAAGAACCAGAUGGGGUUGGCCGUCUGGGUAACCUCGAGGGUGAAGACACCGAUUUGCCCGGAGGCAGCAUCGUAUGGCAUAAAGCCAGAGUCGAAACCGUUUGACUGGCUGACAGUGUUGAAUUGUUGGGUGCAGGGAUCUACAAAGCAGGCGGACACGCGUGACGGUGUGGUUACCACCGCGGAACUCAAAGUUGACAAAAUCGCCAACGGCAGCGUUGACGACUUGUGGGUUGAAGAUGAGACCUGCAGCACCAGUGCUGUCGACACCGACGGUGACAGUGAUAAAGAGAUUCAGAAAAGUGAAAAUUGA